ACAUACAACUAUUUUGGAGAACGAAUUGAUUGGUUCAGCGCAUGCGUGAAAUCACUGAAAAGUCAAAGAAAAAUAUAUUUGUGUAAAGGAAUGCAAUCGAUUAAAUUCGUCGUAACUUCCUAUCUUUGUUUUCUUUUCAUUUUUGUAGGCGAGCUUUGAAUAAUUAACGAACAAAAUUGCAUUUGCAUAAAAUCAAAAGCAAUGAAAAAUUAUCGUGUAUCGGUGGUAUUGAUUUUGGCCGUGUUUAAGCUUGCCAACGGUGAUUUAUCCGUGUCGCUGGGCCGUGCAAAUGUGAACGAAUGGUUUUCCAAAAAAAUCGAACCGCAAAUGUUCAAUUUAACACUUGAACAACCCGAUCAGUUUGAGUAUAGUUUUUCACUGAAAAACUACCCCGAUCUACCGACAUGGAUGCGCUUUAUGUACAGCACCGAAUAUAAUUCAGGAUUUCUCUACGGCACACCACCGGAACAACUCGGUGGACGUGAAAUCCAUCUGGAUGUGGUUGCAUUGAACAAAUUGAAUUACAACAUCGAACAUGCCGUACUGUCUCUAUACAUUGCGCGCAAAACAACCUAUGCGGUGAACACUGUUCAAAUGAAAAUUGACAAUCUGAAUUGGGUUCAUUUGACCGAUCCGGGAAGAGUGGAAAAUUUGAAAAAUAUCUUUACAUUCGAUUUGUGGCCGGAAAGUAAAAAUGAUUUGCACAUUUCGUUUAUGGAAUCGGCCGUUAAUAUGGGUGGUCGAGUGCCAGUUCAACCGCAACAGAAAGAAGGCAUAAUCGUUCAUUUGUCAUCGCACACGGCAUUUUCACAACGACUCAUCGAUUUGCAGGAAGAAGUGAAGCCAUUGUACAAAAUUUCCACUUGUACUUAUAAACGAACUUCGGUUCAAACGAUUUUUGAGAAUGCUGGAUUUAAGUUGGACUGGUGCGCAUUUCAUAUCGUCAAUGAUGACAGUAAAUCGGCAAAAAAAGCCCAUCACACUGAGCACAAGCCACGCGAACAGGAACCAUUGUGGGAUUCAAUGUCCAUGUAUGAGAUUCCGCAAAGAACAUACAUUGACGAAUUUGCAUUUGCCAUCGCAUUGCCCGGUGUUCUCUUGGCAAUUCUAGUCGCCAUUCUAUCGGUUGUACUAUGCUUCCAACAUGAAAAAUUAUUUGAUCCACCGUCAGAACUUUAUUUUCAUCAUGUUUUCGAUAUUGUUAUUGAUUAUUUGAGUGUUCAAAGGCCACACGGACCGGGGCAUACGGUGCAAGUAGUUCAAUAUGCUGAUAACCACCCUACGACAAGCUUGAAAAGUAUAAAAGACGUCAAUACAUUGGUGGAUAAUGUCAGUUUGACUUCAAACAGUCCAAACAACAGUUUAUAUCGAGCAAACAAUGCAGCUGCAAGUACCCUCCGACCAAAGCCACCACCGUACAAACCAAAAAACUUGCAAUACAAUGGCGCUCACAUUUGACAAUUGAAUGGCAACAACGACAUGCCGAAAGGGGCAAAGGUAUUGUUCUGUUGAGAAGGAGCAGCAGAUAAUAAUUCAAAUAUGCACAUGUAACGUCGAUUUAAUGGAACAAUAAUGCAUUUCAUAUCACCAUAUCGAAUCCAAAUAUCAUCGAUAAAAAUUAAUAAUCGUACAUUGUAACUCACAUCAAUAAUCGUCAUCGACAAACUAAUCAAAUUAGACAAACUAGCCCGUAGAAAUAAUUGAUACAAUCCGAAUAUCGUAGUGUUUGAAAUGUAAUCGUUUAAAUAAAUAUAGAAAUUUAACACUCGAAA